AUGAAACAGGUUGUAGGAAGCCCAUUCUGGGGCUUAGGAAAAGAUGAUUGUGUCGGCGAGGACGAAAUCAUCAGGGAUGUGGCCAAGGCAAGCCUGAACUACGCCGACAAGCCUAUGAAAAGCAUCGAGUUCAACGCAAAGAAGAGGUCCAACGCAAGAAAUGGCAUAUACGAGAAACUCCAUCAACUCCUUCAUCUGCGUGUCAGGGCCUACAUUCAUGCCAUUGUUGAGAAGCUCUUGGACAAAAGCAUACCGCUUAAGUUUCAUUUCCUAAACAACAACUGUCAGAGGUUCUGCGACGCCAUAAUCGACCGCAACGUCUUCGGCAGCUUCAUGAUCUACGCCCGAAAGUGUCAGGAGAAGAAGCAUUGCUCAUCACCGGUUCUUUACCUGCUGAGCUUCGUCAGCCGGAUCGGCUGUCAUGAUGGAUUUCCCAGAAGGGUGGUUCCGUCAUCGAGAGCGACAGCGGCGAAUGGUCACACGGAGGAGUUUCUUCUCCGCUUUCGUCGAUUCGACCACCACAACGAGACCGACAUAAUCGACAGCCUGGUAGAGUACUGGACCGACUGGGGAGGGUUUCCGGAGCCCGUAUUUCGGCAGCAAAGCCUCUUCCCAUGGGAUUGCACCGAGGCACGAAUACAAGAGGAGGAGGCGGAACGGCCCCAAGUGAAGUGCGGAAAAUGCAGCCUGGCAAAGCACCUUUGGGCAUUCCCAUUUGACGCAUGGUCCGUGGCCCAGCUUCAUAUCUUCCGGGAGCGUCGAUACUAUGCGCUCCCGUCAAGCAUCCCUGGCGACGACAACAUCGUCCGCACUCAGAUUGGUUACAGGGAGUGGAUGCACAACAGACUGAGCGUGCUGGAGGCAGUCCAGGUCCUGGGACGCGUGGCGGUCGCGAUGCGUCAAUCAGGCAUUUUCCGCAACAGUUGUCAAUGGAACUUUGAAGCUUGCGGCUUGGUGUUCCCCAACACGGCCCCUGCAAGGAGGUUAUCCCGCCGUCGCAAGAAGCUCCAGAAGCUUGCAAAGGAGAGGCGAGGUAGGCUUGUCAUCCAGCCAAGCAGCGCCAGCAUCGUCCACGAUCGCAUCAAGCUUGCCGGCAUCCACCGGGCCCAGCCCAUGGGCUACCACUACGACCAGGACAUGCUCCACGACUGCACACUGGCGGAUUGGGCCGACCUGGCCCACGAUGACCAGGUGGCGGCUUACACAGCGCUCCGCGACUAUCAGGCCGAGCACGUGGACGAGAUAAUUGCGGCAGCGAAACGGAGAUGGACGGAAACAUCGCAAUCCAGCGUCCAGAAUCGAACCCCCGGGUCCGGUACACGCUACCUCGACUGGCAAGAUCUGCUGGUCCCGGAAGGAUGUGAUGGGUCAGGGGCAGAAGUGAGCUUUCAAGCGGACGACAAAUCUAAAGCAGACGGUAAAUCAAAAGUGGACGACGCCAAGUGCGAUUGCGUGUGCGACCCUACAGCCUUGUCUGGUUUUGGCGUGGGAUGGGACUUCAGGGAGGGCCACAGCGGAUUCUCUGCCGACAUUGGCUAUGGGGGAUUCGAUGGAGGGGGAGGGGGAGGGGGAAUGGGCGGCGACAGCAGUCAUGGAGGCGGCAGCAUGAGCACCGGUGAUGGCGGCGGCGGCGGCGGCGGCGGCGGUAGUAGUGCUGGCGCCAACUAA